AUGCGCCACGAGACAGUACGGUGUGCGGAUAAUAAAAUGGCUCAACCUGUGAGUACUCACCAAAAAGAGGGAACUCGAACGAAGGUGCUAGAUCCACACUCCUUACACUUUGCGGGUUACCGCGUGUCUCCCGAUUUUUAUUUUAUGGAAAACUACGAGUCCUCCUGCCCGAUCACGAGGGCCUCUCAAGUCGUUUACUGA